AUGUCCUCGUACGAUGUUUUUCUGAAAAGUGAGCUUCUUUUCAGCGUUCGUUCGUUUCGCUCAUCACAAUUUUAGACUUGGCUCCGCAUGGCGUCGUAGCAUCGACCUUGGCCAUCAGUCGUCGGAAGCUGCAGAGAUUGGGUAUCAUCGAGCAGAAAUUCAUCGCGAAUACCGGUGAUGUCGACUGGUAACUGAAGCGCAUUAGCAGAAAAAAUUAUCAAAAAACGUUGAAGGUCGAUGUAUGCGGAAAUCAAUGUCAAUGAGGGGAUACGUGAAAUCUCUUUCUUCCUUCAAUGCUCUAAUUCCAAACCCGAUUCGGAUUUGAGGAUUUGGUUCCGAUUUUAUGUGGUGAAUCAUUUAGUCACAUCGAAAUCGGUGAACUGGGACGGCGGUUUCGUCGACUACAAGCCUCCUGAUCUCUGUUUCGGACAGUGUCGACUUGUACCUCUUGAUGACAUAUUGAAUGCGGAACUCGGAUUUCUGAACAAUGAUAGGCUGGAAGUUGACGUGGAGUUUCGUGUACUCGAGGUCCAAGGACUCCACAUUCCGAGAUGUUUCAACUUGACUGAUGUCACUCCGCACACUGUUUUCGUCAUGAAUCAGACGGACCAGUUGAAUGUGGACACGCGGGUCGGAUACGGAAAAGCAUAAGACAAUUCGCACGAAUCUGAACUUUCAGCUCAUCAAUUUCCACUCGCCCUACGCUGCCGAUAUUCUCCGUUCCGGACAAAUUGCAUUCCAUUUCCCUGCUGACAUGGCUCCAAUCCUUCUCUAUUAUUUCAUUCAAUUCAUUCUCGGAGCGGAGCAUAUUGAUUAUAGUAAUUUUGAAUUAGUCAAGAACGUCGCCAAGCUUGCUCACAAGUUCAAGUUAUUCAACAUGGUUCGUCGAUGCGAAGAUCAGUGUCUUCUGCAGCAACCUGACUUUUCUUGGCUGGAUGUGGCCGUUAACUGUGAUAUGAGAAGACUUUUCGUGAGUUUCUUGAAAGUACGUCAAUACGUUUGACGCCUAUUUCUUUCAGCACAGAUCCAUAUCCAAAUGGAGUUCGAAGGAAGAUGGGAAAGAGGUGAAGAAAACGUUGAGAGCGAUUGGAGUGAAGAAGAUGUCACUGGAUAUGAAGAACGCGUUGACUAAAAAGGCAUUUGAACUUGUCUAG